UCCCCCGCUCUCUCUCUCGCUCUCGCUCUCUCUCUCUCUCUCUCUAAAAUGCAACAGGCGAUCCCGUGCAACGGCGGUCGGACGUGGUUUGCUCAGACGGCGGCGAGUAACGGCGUCGUUCACAUGGCGGUCAACGACCGUCCGUCCGUCGACGGGCCGUCGACGUCGUCCUCGUCGUCGGACGCUGGUGGCGGAGGAGGCGGCGGGGGGAUGGUGAGGCUGGUGGCCGAGAACCCGGUGCUGGUGGUGGGGCGGCGGGGAUGCUGCAUGUGCCACGUGGUGAAGCGCCUGCUGCUCGGGCUGGGAGUCAACCCGGCGGUGUUCGAGGUGGCGGAGGACGCCGAGGCGGCGCUGGUGGCGGAGCUGGCGGAGAUCGCCGCCGCCGCCGGGGGCGUUCAACAGCAGGUGCUGUUCCCGGCGGUGUUCAUCGGGGGUAGGUUGGUGGGUGGGCUGGAUCGGCUCAUGGCCGUCCACAUCUCCGGGGACCUCGUGCCAAUUUUAAAGGAAGCCGGAGCACUCUGGCUCUAAAAUUUCUCUCUUUAAUUAUAUGUAAUUCUUCUUCUCUUCUCUUUUUCUCCCUUUAAUUUCAAUUUUUCGUUUUGGUUUUGGAGUGUAAUUUUAUUUUAAUUAAGGUUUGAAGGGUGGAUGGUAGGGUGUCGAGCGUCUGAAAGGCCACAAUGCGUGUGGAUCAGGGAGAAACAGGAUUUUUAUUUAAGAGGGGCGGAUCUUUUUGUUCUUUUUUUGUAAAUUACUAAAUUUUGUGUAAAAUAAUGUAGAUUAACAAAUGGUGAUCUCUACUGGCA